GGGAUCGGAAGCAACCAGGCUGCCGCGCCACUCAGGCCUCUCUAGCCAAAGGAACCAUAAAGCUUAGGCUAGAGCUUCUUCAUUUCCUCUUCUCUGUGGUUCGACCGGUGCCUUCCGGUUCCGGGGAGGAGCCGAGUUUUCUUUAAAGAGUAACUGGGGUCUCGGCGAUCCGACCAGAAUGGCGGUGGUGUCGCUGCUGUUGUUCGGAAGUUUGUGGAGUGCUGUGGGAGCGUCCGAUCUGGGUAUCGUUACUUGCGGCUCAGUAGUGAAGCUGCUCAACACGCGCCACAACGUGCGGCUCCAUUCACACGACGUGCGCUAUGGGUCAGGUAGUGGGCAGCAGUCGGUGACAGGUGUAACAUCUGUGGAUGACAGCAACAGUUACUGGAGAAUACGUGGGAAGACCUCCACAAUGUGUGAGAGAGGAACCCCCAUCAAAUGUGGCCAACCUAUCAGGUUGACACAUGUCAAUACUGGUCGAAAUCUCCAUAGUCACCACUUUACUUCACCUCUUUCUGGAAAUCAGGAAGUGAGUGCUUUUGGUGAGGAAGGUGAAGGAGAUUAUCUGGAUGACUGGACCGUGCUCUGUAACGGGCUCUACUGGAUCAGGGAUGGUGAGGUGCGGUUCAAGCAUUCUUCCACAGAGGUUCUGCUGUCCGUCACAGGAGAACAAUAUGGUCGACCCAUCAGUGGACAAAAAGAGGUGCAUGGCAUGACCCAGCCAAGCCAGAACAACUACUGGAAAGCCAUGGAAGGCAUCUUCAUGAAGCCCAGUGAGUUGUUGAAGGCAGAAGCCCACCACGCAGAGCUGUGAGUCUGGAGACUGUGAGCUGCCGUCACCACAGUGUUCAUAGACUGCUGCUGCUGACUUGCCUGGGAUCCCUGCCACAGGUUCCCUGGACAGUGGAUACGUCACCACUGCAUUGAAGAUGCAUGACAGAAAACAAUGGCUGUUUGGAAGCUUCAGCCCAACUGUUUUCCUAGACUUGGGUCAGUUUUUCUGAGUGUGGAACUGGCUGGUAAAAGAGAGAAGAUAUGUUUUAUCCAUAUAAUUAAGUAAAAACUGAGAUGUCACUCCUAAAACCGAGAAAUUUUUACUUCUCUGAAACUUGGCAUCAUGGAUUGCUCAUGUGUAUGAUUUUUAUCACUACUUUCUCCAAAAUGAUUUUUAAAAAAUGGAUUUCAUUGUUAA